ACACUUAAUGCUGCAAUCCUCUUUGUGAAAGUGACGCGCUUCUGUCAGAAACAGAGCUUAGCUGAAGUGAAACAGGGAGAGAGAGAAACAGGCUCAUUCAAUUUCUGCUUGUCUGCCAUCCGGUUAACUACUGUUUGGUCCUGUCUGAGGUUCCGUGAUCUGGUUUUUCUUGCAGGUUGAUUAUCGGGACUACAAAAAACACAUCCCACCAGAACUUUUUGGGAAGUCUGCCAGUCUCAUCUCAUCCUGGACAUUUUAAUUUUGGGAUUGUCAGCUGCUGAUCAGAAUCUGUCCAACUUAAUUUGAAUUGCUGCAGAUAAACUACUUUGCACUCGCAGCACUUCGGCCUGUGGUUUGGAAGAUGCUAAUAGCUUAUGCAAAUUGGAUACAAAUCUAACUGAGGACACCCAUAUCCAGCUCUGUUAUUGUUUUUGUUUGAUUUUUGUAUUCUUUUAAACUUUGUGGAAAAGUUUGAAUCCAUAGUACAACCCGGUGAAUGAGCAAAGAGCAGAGACUGAGGGGUGGUCUCAGGUGAGGGGAGAGAAACAAAAAUCAGGUUUUUUUUUUUUGGAAGGGUCGGUCGGGCUCAAACAGAGCCACGGUGGAGGACGACCAGCUGGAUUUCGCUGAUAUGGACGGGCAUGGGUAUGACCGCUAUGCGGAUGGGGACAGGGACAGCUACCAGAUUGACUACCGCCGUAUCGUGGGGGACAUGGAGCCGGCCAGGCCACGGUUGUCGUUACGGGACUCGGAUCACCACUUUCAUGGCCCGUUUACCCAUAAUGCACUGCAUGGGCACGGGCAUGGGCAUGAGACGGCUGCCCAGCGCUACAGUGCCACCCGGAUACAGGCAGGGUAUGAACCAGAGAGCAUGGCUGAUUACCUUAUCAGUGGGGGAACUGGGUACGUUCCGGAGGAUGGACUCACUGCCCAGCAGCUCUUUGCCAUCGGUGAUGGUCUCACAUACAAUGAUUUCCUGAUACUGCCUGGCUUUAUUGACUUCACAUCCGAUGAAGUGGAUUUGACCUCUGCCCUGACCAGGAAGAUAACCCUGAAGACGCCACUCAUUUCCUCUCCUAUGGACACAGUCACAGAGUCCUCCAUGGCCAUUGCUAUGGCUCUCAUGGGUGGAAUUGGAAUCAUUCAUCACAACUGCACUCCUGAGUUUCAGGCCAAUGAGGUCCGGAAAGUCAAGAAAUUUGAGCAGGGCUUCAUUACGGACCCUGUAGUGAUGAGUCCAAGGCACACUGUCGGUGAUGUGUUUGAAGCAAAGGUACGGCACGGUUUCUCCGGCAUCCCGGUUACCGAAACCGGCAAGAUGGGAAGCAAGCUAGUGGGCAUCGUUACAUCACGAGACAUCGACUUCCUUUCAGAGAAAGAUUACGAUAGGCCGCUGGAGGAGGCAAUGACAAAACGAGAAGAUUUAGUGGUUGCUCCAGCAGGUGUAACAUUAAAAGAGGCAAAUGACAUUUUACAGCGCAGUAAAAAAGGUAAACUGCCUAUAGUGAAUGACAGCGAUGAACUAGUAGCUAUAAUAGCUCGUACUGAUUUAAAGAAGAACAGAGACUAUCCUCUAGCCUCCAAAGACUCUCGCAAACAGCUGCUGUGUGGCGCAGCCAUCGGCACCCGAGAGGACGACAAGUACCGGCUGGACCUGCUCAUGCAGGCUGGAGUGGACGUGAUAGUUCUGGACUCUUCUCAGGGGAACUCAGUGUUUCAGAUCAGUAUGAUCAACUACAUCAAACAGAAAUACCCAGAACUACAAGUGGUGGGAGGAAACGUGGUGACUGCUGCUCAAGCAAAGAAUCUUAUAGAUGCCGGUGUUGAUGCUUUACGAGUGGGCAUGGGCUGUGGAUCCAUCUGCAUCACACAGGAAGUGAUGGCAUGUGGGAGACCGCAGGGCACGUCUGUGUAUAAGGUGGCUGAGUACGCCCGGCGCUUUGGGGUUCCAGUCAUUGCAGACGGUGGCAUUCAGACGGUUGGGCAUGUUGUGAAAGCCCUGGCGCUGGGAGCAUCCACAGUGAUGAUGGGGUCAUUGUUAGCAGCAACCACAGAAGCGCCCGGGGAGUAUUUUUUCUCAGAUGGCGUACGACUGAAGAAGUACCGUGGUAUGGGCUCUUUGGACGCUAUGGAGAAAAACAACAGCAGUCAGAAACGUUACUUCAGUGAAGGUGAUAAAGUGAAGGUAGCUCAGGGAGUCUCUGGCUCAGUUCAGGAUAAAGGCUCAAUACACAAGUUUGUUCCAUACCUCAUCGCUGGAAUUCAACACGGCUGUCAGGAUAUCGGUGCAAAGAGCCUGUCCAUUCUGCGAUCGAUGAUGUACUCCGGAGAGCUGAAGUUUGAGAAGAGGACAAUGUCUGCUCAGGUUGAGGGCGGAGUUCAUGGACUGCAUUCUUCCUCUCAGAGACCCUCAGUCCAUCCCUUCUUACGUUGUCAUGGAAAAGUAGAGUUUACAUGUGAAAAUGUCUUCUCUUCCUUUCUCUUAUGCCGUCAUCAUAGAUAUUCUUUUGUGCCAUUUAUGAGAAGCGGUUAUAUUGAGCCGGGCAGCAGGGGGCACAUGAGAGCAGGACCCAAUGUCCCGUCACCCGCCGUCACCAAACACAGUAGCUAAAUGUGAUUUUUGUUAUCCUCAGCCCCUAUACUUUUUCCCGAUGGCUCUGGAUAAACAUUAAAAAAUAAAAAUAAAACUGUCUGAUUGUAAUAAAAGCCAGCAACAGUACUGAAUGCACUAUGGACUGUUUUGAUUCUCUUUAUUUAUUUAUUUAUUUAUUUUUUCAGUUCUCCCUGUAAUAAAUUAGACUUGGCAAUAGAGAGAUUAUUUUCAAAAUGCUAUGAAUGUACUACACCAUCUGAAAUAUGAGGAUUCUACGUGUGUGUAUAUGUGUGAGAGAGAGUGUCUAUGAACAUUUAUGAUACAAUAUGUGGUAUAAAUGGUAUGUUUUGUCAAACUGUCAAAAUGUUCUAAUUAAAAAUUGUCUGUUGGUUUAUUAGCAAUAAUACUUGUCGUGGUAUAUGAGAAAAUCAUGUGCAUAUCACAUUGCCAUUAGAGUGUUAUGAGUUAAAUGUAAUCUGAGAAAUGCAUUUGUUUUGUUUUUUCCCAGAAGAGCAAGUUUGUAGGCUGCUUGUGUCACAGUGCUUUUCAGGCUAUCCAGUUAGUCACAUAGCACUAGAACUAUGUUAUUUAUGGAUCAGAUUAUCAGUAUAAGCCUUAAAAUCAGGGAUUCUGUACUGUUACUCGCCUUACACUAGUCAAUAAUGUACACAGACAUUAGAAAUGCUCAUUUUUAUUUUUUAUUUUUUUAGUUUAUUUCAUAGUUUCACACAUUUGCAUCACUUAGAUAUAUCAAACAUUUUACAGUAUAUAAAAGUAAGCAAUUGAGAUUUUACAAGGCCAGAAGUAAAGGACAGUUAAAAAAAAAAAAAAAAAAAAACAUUUGCUGUAAAAGUGACACUUUCAACUUUGGGCUCCAUUUUGUAGUUUGACUGCUGUGUUGUCAUUCUGAAUAUAAUACACUUUAAAGAAUAAAGAAUGAGUUUUA